AUGUCAGAGAAAGCGGAGGAUGACAUUCUGAUCAAGAGAGCUGAGACAGAAGCAAGCGGAAAGAGCGUGUUCGCCGACGACCAGCGUCUGACAAUCCAGCCCAGUGUCCUGCAGAACGGACAGCUGAGAGAGUACCAGCUGGAGGGAUUGAACUGGCUGGUCAGACUUUACAACAACGGCAUUAGCGGGAUCUUAGCAGAUGAGAUGGGUCUGGGAAAGACUGUCCAGACAGUAGCGAUGAUAGGGUAUCUCACCGAAUUCAAAGAUGCUCCCGGCCCACACAUGAUCCUUGCGCCCAAGUCCACCAUGUCGAACUGGAUCAAAGAGUUUAGGAAGUGGCUUCCCGACCAUCGCAUCGUCUACGUCGGGGGUACGAAGGAGGAGCGAGAAGAGCAGUUGAAGAAGCAUGUCCAGCCUGGAGAGUUCGAUGUGGUGAUCACAUCGUUCGAGAUUGUCUGCAGGGAGAAAAACCACUUCAAAAAGUUCAACUGGAGGUACUUCGUGAUCGACGAGGCUCACCGCAUCAAGAACGAGAACUCCCUGCUCUCCGGGGUCGUCCGCGAGCUCAAGACCCACUCUCGCCUCCUACUGACCGGAACUCCGCUCCAGAACAACCUUCACGAGCUCUGGGCACUCCUCAACUUCUUGCUUCCUGAUGAGUUUGCUGAUGCCGACGACUUCGACGCCUUCUUCGAGUCCUCCGAGAAGGCAGAGGAGGUCACUGGAAAGCUGCAUAGGAUUCUCAGACCUUUCCUCCUUCGUCGCCUCAAGGCUGAUGUGGAGAAGGGACUGCCGCCCAAGUCGGAGGUCAACAUGUACAUUCCCAUGAGCAACAUGCAGAAGAAGCUCUACUCUAGUAUUCUCAAGAAGGACGUCGAUGCAAUCAACGGCAAGGGAGGAGAGAGGUCCCGUCUGCUGAACAUCGUCAUGCAGCUGCGCAAGUGCUGCAACCAUCCGUACCUAUUCGAAGGCCAGGAGCCCGGUCCCCCCUUCGUGGAGGGAGAGCAUCUGAUCGACAACAGCGCCAAGCUCAAAGUUCUUGACAGGCUGCUGGACAAGGCCAAGGCCGAGGGCUCGCGCGUUCUGAUCUUCAGCCAGAUGACUCGCAUGCUGGACAUCCUCGAGGACUUCUGCUGGUACCGUGGACACAAGUACUGCAGGAUUGACGGAGGGAUCUCGGGAGACGUGAGAGAGGAGAUGAUCGAGAGCUUUAUGAAGGACGACAGCGACAAGUUCAUCUUCCUGCUCUCCACCAGAGCUGGAGGCCUCGGCCUGAACCUGCAGAAGGCCAACUGGGUGAUUCUCUUCGACUCGGACUGGAACCCUCAGGUCGACAUCCAGGCUAUGGAUCGUGCCCACCGCAUCGGGCAGACGAAGCCUGUGCUCGUCUAUCGCUUCAUCGUCGAGAACUCAGUGGAGGAGAAGGUCUUGGAGCGAGCGUUCAAGAAGCUGUUCUUGGAUGCCAUGGUUGUGCAGCAGGGAAGGCUGACGGACAAGCACAAGUCUGCAUCCAAGGACGAACUGCUCGAGAUGAUUCGCUUCGGAGCUGACACCGUCAUCCGCAUGGGCGACGUCGAGUCGGGAGAGUUCGACAUCGACGCUGUCUUGGCAGCUGGCAAGAAGAAGACUGAGGAGAUGACAGCGAAGCUCAAGGAGAUGGCCGGCUCUUCCAUGGCCGCAAAUUUCAGCAUGGACGGAGGCCAGACGGACUCUCUCUACCAGAUGCCCGACGAGGAGUCAGCAGACACAGGUUUCUUCCUCGAUAUCGGGCAGAGAGAUCGCAAGAGCCGAGGUUACAACAUCGACCAGCUCUACCGCGAGCAGAUCGGAAGCAAGAAGGAGCCGAAGCAGCCCUCGGGCCCCCGCAUGCCCAAGCACCUCGUCACGCCGCAGUUCGCUGAGUUCCAGUUCUUCAACACUGUCAGGCUGGACGAGCUGUACGCGAAGAAGCGAGACUGGUGGCACCGAUACCAGGUGGCGCUCAAGGAGAGAGACGCUUCCGAGGACAAGAAGAACUCGGAGGACAAGAAGAGCAAGGGCGAGAACGAGAACCCGCCCGACAUCGUGCUUGAUGGGCCCGAAAUCGACAAGAAUGAGGGAUGGACGGACGAGGAGCACCAGGAGAGCGAGAAGCUUCUGACUGAGGGAUUCAUGAAGUGGACCAAGAAGGACUUUCAGAUCUUCAAAAGUGCGUGCGAGCGUCAUGGAAGAAAUGCGUUCGAGGCCAUCGCACAGGAGCUCGAGAGCAAGACGGCAGAGGAGGUGAAACGAUAUUCAGAAGCCUUCUGGCGCCUGGGUCCCAACAGACUCUCCAACUGGGACAACGUAGAGAAGCAGAUUGAGAAGGGAGAGAGCAAGAUUCAGAAACGUCAGGAGUGCAUGAAUGCAGUCAAGCUCAAGGUGGAGAAAUACGCGAACCCCUGGCAGCAGCUCAAGUUCCAGUACGGCAAUGCCAAGGGCAAGGCUUUCACAGAGGAGGAAGAUCGUUUCAUCGUGUGCAUGACGCACCAGCUGGGGUACGGCAGGUGGGAGGAGCUCAAGUACGAGAUCCGCCGCUCCUGGAACUUCCGCUUCGACUGGUUCAUCAAGUCUCGCACGCCCAAGGAGCUGGAGGCUCGCUUCAAGCAGCUGGUGCGUCUGAUCGAGAAAGAGCUCGAGAACGAGGACGCGAGCUACAAGCGCAAGGGAGGAGGAGGAGGAGGAGGGAGGGGAGGAGGAGGAGUAGGAGCAGCAGCAGCAGCAGACCUGAUCGCGAGCCAUGGAUCCUCGCAGCGUCUUCAUCAUCGACCGGGCAGAGCUGGAACAGGUCGUGAGCCAGCAGGAACUCAGCUGGAGGGUCAGACCUGA